ACUAAUCAUCUUUUCUUUUUAUGAAUAUUUUACCACAUAAAUCGAAAUUUUGUAUUCCUCCCGCAUUUGCAGAGGCGAUAACAAUGGCGGUGCUGACUGUACUAUCGCCGCCCUCCUUGCCGACGUCAUCAUCCUCCAUUCUCUAUCAUUUUUAUAAUAAUGACUCUACAAAUUGCUAUUUUUGGCACAAGAAUGUUUCCAAAUGGACUCCAAUUUCCGCUGUUUCUAAACGCAAAAACGGACCAGCUAAAUCACAGAUACACUUGAUGCAGUCUUCAACUUCGUCAGGGAGUAGAUGCUUAUGGAUAAAAGGCACCUCUUCCGUUCAUGAUAAAAUUGCUGGCCAGGAAAGGAGGGAAGGCCUAUCACUUUCGGUGCUUCCUACAACAGCAGCUCAAGUUUCUUCUGUGGAGGAUCUCUAUGAAUUUAUAUGCUCAGGUCCUCUUCUGGACAAAGUAGGUCUGAACCAGGAUAAGGUGGCUGAAUCCAUUGACAAGUGGAUCUUAUGUGGAUCACAGCUCUGCAGAUUGUUUCGGCUAAAUGAACUCUUUCUGACAGAGCCUCAAAAAGUCCGGAUCUACCAUUACUAUAUACCAGUUUUCAUGUGGUGCGAACAGGAAAUCUCUCUUCACAGUUCUAAGUUCAAAGAUGAAGAUGAUAUCCCCCCAUUAGUGAUUGGUUUCAGCGCACCACAAGGUUGUGGCAAAACAACGCUAGUGUUCGCCCUGGAUUUCCUUUUCCAAGUCACUGGGAGGAGGACUGCAACUAUAUCCAUAGAUGAUUUUUAUCUAACAGCAGAGAGCCAGGGCAAACUGCGGGAAAGCAAUCCUGGCAAUGCACUUCUAGAGGUAGCUAGAACAAUGUCUUCCCUUAAAUGGACUCCUUUCUCAUCACUAUUGUUUGUUUACUAUGAAAUCUUUAACCUUCAGUUCCGUGGAAAUGCCGGAAGCCAUGAUCUUCCUUUGUCCGUUGAGACAAUGACAGCCCUACAAAAAUUGACCAGAGAAGGCACAAAAAUGAAGCUUCCUCGUUAUGACAAGUCUGCAUAUAACGGUCGAGGUGACAGAGCCGACCCCUCAACAUGGCCAGAAGUGGAAGGCCCUCUAUCGGCUAUCCUGUUCGAGGGUUGGAUGCUUGGUUUUAAGCCCGUGCCUGCUGAAGUUGUGAAAGCUGUCGACCCACAGCUGGAAAUAAUCAAUAAAAACUUAGAAGCCUAUUAUAAUGCAUGGGACAAGUUCAUCAAAUCAUGGAUAGUAAUCAAGAUUAAGGACCCCAGUUACGUUUAUCAGUGGCGAUUGCAGGCGGAGAUUGCCAUGAGGGCUGAUGGAAAACCCGGAAUGUCCGAUGAGGAGGUUUUCGACUUUGUUUCGAGAUACCUGCCAGCAUACAAAGCAUAUCUCCCUACCCUCUAUGCUGAAGGGCCAAGUGGCUCAGACCCAGAGCAUUUACUUGUGGUCGAAAUCGACGAGGGCCGAAACCCCAUCCUUGCCAAUUAGGCCAACUCCUUGCAGCAACAGCAAAUAGCACCCAAGCAGCCUUCACAAGUCUCAGCACAGCACCAACAGCAACACAUUGCAAACAAGCUGUGCCACAACAAACACACCAAUGUUAAUUCUUCCUCUGUGUGUGUGUGAGAGAGAGAGAGAGAUUGGGUUCAAAACUUCAAUAUCACCAAGCAACAAAUAUGAUAUCUAAUAAUACCAUGUCCUGAAGAAGGCAAAAAAAAGAAGAAGAAACAUUUGAUAAUGGAGAGAGAGAGAGAGAGAGAGAGAGAGAGGAACCAAGCAUAAAUGCAGCCUUUCUCGUCACGGCGUUGCUGGAUAUGAUCGGAGUAGGACAAGCUCUGCGGCGGCGGCGGCGCUUGCAUUUUCUUCCCCACCACUAAUCCAAGAUUUUGAUCAAAACAGAAAAUACGUUGUUGCUCCGAGUCAUGACUUGUACAAUUUCCAUCUUCUAUUUAAUGCGCGCACUUUUCGGCUCA